AUGCAUGAUCUCUGCUCUUCUAAAGCUGAAGCUGAAGAAGAAAAGUUUCUAAAGCACAUUGAUGCUUCUACAUAUCUGACCCUCGGAACAAGGUUAGUUAUACCUCCAUACAUUGGCAAUUCUAUACGCAGAUUAGCCAUCAGUUUUGACUUCGAGAGGGUAUCAAGUAUAGAUGGAUUGGGGGAAGUUAAAGGUCUUAGAUCUUUUAUGUUUAUCCAAAAGUCUUAUUACAUACCAGACAUUUGCUUCAAAGAGAAUACAAUUGACUUUAAGAUGUCACAAUACUUGAGGAUAUUUGUGGCAGACUGUAGUAGGUUUGAAGGGGAAAAGUUACCAAGCGAGGUAGGCGAACUAAUUCGUUUAAGAUACUUGAGUCUGAGGAAUUCUAAUGUGAGAGAGCUACCAAAAUCUGUAUGCAGCAUGCCAUACUUGCAGACGUUAGAUUUGCGAGUAUCAUACAAGGUUGUUAUAAGAUUGCCAAACGUGAUAUGGAAGAUGAAAAGACUAAAGCAUUUGUUUCUAAAAGACGACAUGAAAGUGAUCGGAGGAGAGAAACUAAGACUAGAUGGGCUACAAGAGUUGGAGAUAUUAGAAGAGAUCAGGAGUGAGACUUGUGGCAUUGCAGAUAUUCCCAAAUUGGUGAGUCUGCAGAGUCUACGUGUUAGAGUCUCUGAUGUGGAUAGCAUGUCAAUUGUAUUGAGCAACAAAAACAGCCAAUUACGUGACACUCGACUCUGUGUUAAUGGAUGUGAUCUAAGUUCGGAGAAAUAUAUGGAGGUUUUAAAUGAUGGGUUGAUGUCUCCUUCCUUGGUUACUUUGCAGAUGUGUAAAUGCGAUAUGAGCGGCAGUUUUCCAUCCUACAGACAAGGGAUGUGUCAGAAUUUAGUAAGCUUGGAACUCGAACAUUGCAAGGGUAUGAUAGUUGUGAUGGAGUUUGGCAGCUAUCCCAUGUUGCAAGAGCUAACUUUAAAAAACGUCAAGAUAGCAGAAACUUUAACUUUCCCUUCAAACUUAUUUCCACAACUCAAGCAUCUUAGAUUGUAUGAGUUGCAUGAUUUAAAGAAAUGGGAAAUGGAAGAAGGAGCAACGCCAAAACUUACUUCCUUUGCUAUCAUGGGGUGCCCCGAAUUGAAGAAGGUUCCAGAUGGUUUGAAAUUAUUAACCACUCUUCGACGGAUAACUGUCAUUAAUAUGCCAAGAGUAUUCACGGAGACAGUAAAUGAGGAAAAAUAUGGAUCAUUUGUCGAGAAGGACAUUUGUAUGGAUGACCUCUACGAACCAUAA